AUGGGCGGCAACACUUCGAGACCUUCAAGGCAAGCUGUGCCUACGGAUAGCAGGAGUAUACAAUUAGAUGCCCUUCACCGGAAUACACAGCCAGACGAACCACACUACAUGACCGCAUCUGGUAUACCCGUGGUCCCCAGAACGCAGCCAAUUCCUGUUGUCGCUCCCGAUCCUGCACUGCAAGAAUUUAGGGCGGCGUAUGUUGAGUCCACCAGUGGUCGCCAAAGUGAGAUGGGGAGCAUAGCCUCUCAAGUGACUCCGUUAGCGCCACAUUCUACCUGGUUCAUGCGCCUCGUUGAGAAUCAUUACUCCAGGAGUCUCAUUGAUCAACUCAUCUUGGAGACCAACCCACAAUGCCGGUUAAAUCGCUUGAAGCGUCUGCGCAAGAUCUACACGAGCCCUGUUAUCCGACUAUCUGCAGCGAACAGACAACGCGUCAAAGUCAUCGAUGCUCAAAUCGAGGAACUUGAAUUCCUGAUGACAAACGAUGAUGGCAAACCUUUCGCACGCUAUCGUAGCAACGACGACGAAGACCCUUCACCACCAUCUACUCAGGUCAGCGGGAGUGUGGAAGAGCGUCCCAUUCCCAUGAUUGCUCAGCUCGCCGAUCAACAAGCCUCCGAGUCGUCAGACCCCGGUUCUGGAGUCCGCAUGAUCCCGUACAAUAGACCACUGAGACGAUACCUGCAGGAAAGUCCACGCUUGCCUCCUCGUAAUGCAACCAGCUCCUCUCAUAUACGCUCUGGCAGUGAAAGGCUGCCAGGUGGCAGCUCAAUCGAGAGUCGAGAUUGGACAGAGCCCAGGAGAUACCCACGAGGUAGCAACCAUCUAUCGCGUGUAUCAGAAGAAGCAUCGACUGGACCAUCCAAAGUGAGGUCUUCAAAACCUGGUCGAUCAGCGCCACCUCCCUCUGUCGGACCUGCAGUUGUUCUCGAACGCGACCCUUACAACUCAAACCUCCUGGUGCCUGUGGAGCCUUCAUUGAGAUCAAAAUCACGCUCGUACGCUUCCCAGGAUCCAUCUAGACAUUCGAGAACUACAGGAAGAGUGUCGCACAAGACAGCAAGUAAAUACUCAGAACAGAUUGAUGUGAGACCAGAGUCGAGGGAUCCGCGUUUUGUGUCGCCAGGAUUCGGUGGGGUAAGAGGAUGGUGA